AUGGGGGUUGAUGAUUUUUUCAUCCCUCAUGGAGGUAGCACCAUCGACUCAUUCUCUCCUUCUCAACCAACCAUAGCCGAGUUGAGAUCCUCUUUUGACGACCCCGACUAUGACGACGACGACGACCUCGACUCCGACUCCGACUCCAACAACGACCUCGACCCCCACUCCGAUGAUGACUCCGACCCCGACCCCGAAUUUGUCUUUGAUUCAGACCUCGAUCCCGACUUCGACUCCGACUUCGGCCCUGACUCAGGCUCAGAUCCCGAUCUGAAUUCCUACUAA